AUGGAGGAAAAGCCGGAGAGAAGGAGAAGGGUAGUGUUGGUUCCGUUGCAACUUGCGAGAGCCCUAUAUUUAAAGGGUUUUUCCAUUACAGUUGCUCAGACAAAGUUCAAUUACUUAAACCCUUCAAAAGACUUAGCUAAUUUUCACUUCAUCACCAUCCCAGAGAGCUUACCAGCCUCGGAUUUGAAGAAUCUAGGGCCAGUUUGGUUUCUUAUUAAACUCAACAAAGAGUGUGAGAUUAGCUUCAAGAAGUGUUUGGGUCAGUUGUUGUUGCAACAACAAGAAGAGAUCGCAUGUGUCAUCUACGACGAGUUCAUGUACUUUGCUGAAGUUGCAGCCAAAGAGUUUAACCUUCCCAAAGUUAUUUUCAGUACCGAAAAUGCAACGGCUUUUGCUUCUCGCUCUGCCAUGUGCAAACUCUAUGCAAAAGAUGGCUUGGCUCCUCUCAAAGAAGGAUGUGGAAGUGAGGAGGAGCUAGUGCCAGAGUUGCAUCCCUUAAGGUACAAAGACCUACCAACUUCAGCAUUUGCACCAGUAGAAGCCUCAGUGGAAGUGUUUAAAAAUUCAUGUGAGAAAGGGACAGCUUCCUCUAUGAUAAUCAACACAGUUCGGUGUCUAGAGAUUUCAUCUUUGGAGAGGCUUCAACAAGAACUCAAAAUUCCAAUAUAUCCUGUAGGACCUCUUCACAUGGUUUCUUCAGCUCCUCCUACGAGUCUACUAGAAGAGAAUCAGAGUUGCAUAGAUUGGCUGACCAAACAAAAGCCAAGCUCAGUGAUAUACAUAAGCUUGGGAAGCUUUACUUUGAUGGAAACUAAAGAAGUGUUGGAAAUGGCUUUUGGGUUGGUUAGUAGUAACCAAUACUUCUUGUGGGCGAUCCGACCUGGCUCCAUAGUUGGUUCUGAAUUAUCUAAUGAGGAAUUAUUUAGUACUAUUGAAAUACCGGAUCGAGGCUACAUUGUGAAAUGGGCUCCGCAGAAACAAGUGCUUGCACAUCCUGCGAUUCGAGCGUUUUGGAGUCAUUGUGGAUGGAACUCGACCCUAGAGAGUAUGGGGGAAGGGAUUCCGAUGAUUUGUAGGCCUUUUACUACUGAUCAAAAGGUAAAUGCGAGGUACGUGGAGUGUGUCUGGAGAGUUGGGGUUCACGUGGAGGGUGAGCUAGAGAGAGGAAUGGUGGAGAGAGCUGUGAGACGGUUAAUGGUGGAUCAAGAAGGAGAAGAGAUGAAGAUAAGAGCCCUCAGUUUGAAAGAGAAACUGAGAGCCUCUGUUUUGCCUGGAGGUUCUUCACAUAAUUCACUAAAUGACUUCAUCAAGACAUUGUGAACUUAAUUUAGUAUCUACUCAUUUCAGUACUCUACGUAUCUACGCUUUGCUUUUGCAAAUUAAUGGGGUAAGAAUCAUGGUGAAUAAUGUAUAUGUUCUGGACAAAAGAAAAGCUUUGAGCAUUGUUUCAAGAGAUUCAUAUUAAUAAAAAUAAAAUAGUUGAAUUUGUUAUAA